UGAGCUUGUUUUUUGCGUGCAGUUACUGGACUUCAUAGAGCAUUAGAGCUAAUCAGCUAAUCACCAGGACUCACUAAUCUGAAAUGACUGACAGGAUCGAGCCGAUCCAAAGCGGGGUGAACCUGCACUCCUUUGUUAGCCGCCGCUUAGCUGGAGAACCAGCUGAAGUUGUGAUUGCAAACCCUCACGUUUGUCAUGCAGGUAGAGAACACCCACCCGAGGUGUUUUCUGGGUUUGCUGAGCUGCCUAUUCUUGGCUGGUCUCUACGUUGGCAGUUUGUACGUCUGGAGAAGCAGCUCACCAAGGGAUCAUCCCAGUGUGAUAAAGCGUCGCUGUGCUAGUGUGCUGCUGGUCUCUGUAGUGUCACCUGCAGUUGUGAAGACAUGGAUACACUGGGCUGAUGUCAAGGCGGACGUGUCUGUGUGGGAGUUGAUGGGACUUCGCAUGGACGGUUUGGUUGCUGCAUCCAUAUUACCUUUAUUACUUACUAUGGUUUUUUAUCUCGGCCCACUGGUUCACUCUGCUAUAGACAACCCCAAAGGCUUCACCGGGGAAAUGCAGUGUGCACUGGAUGUUCAGUCAUGGAGGCGGUGUGCGGGGGACGCAGUGUGGCUCAGAAACCAGGUGGUGGCACCAGUGACAGAGGAGCUGGUGUUCAGAGGGGCCAUGCUUCCUAUGUUGAUGCCCUGCACGGGACCCACAGGCGCUAUCGUCACCGCUCCACUGUUCUUUGGAGUUGCUCAUUUCCACCAUGUCAUAGAGGAGCGACGCCUUGGGAAAGAGAGCAUGAGUGUCAUCCUUCUGGUGGCAGGGAUGCAGUUCUUGUACACAACUGUUUUUGGUGCUUUUACUGCCUUUAUAUUCAUGAGAACUGGGCAUGUUGUCGGUCCAGUUUUGUGCCAUUCAUUUUGCAACAGUCAGGGCCUGCCUGACAUCAGCUCUGCCCUGCAACACCCUCACAGUUCAGCUCUGCUCUUCUCAUAUCUGAUGGGAGGCCUGCUGUUUCUGGUGCUGCUCUUCCCGCUGACAGACCAGUAUUUUUAUGGUCCCAUUCCCAUCUGCAGCCUGGCUCCCCCUCCAGGGUCGGUUUGCUGAAUGAAAUCGAAUUAAGUUAAAUGCGCUCCAGCUCUCCUUUUUUACCCUGGAUUUCAUUUUGUGAUGUAAAAAGUUGCUGUUUUUUUUUUCUUUUUAACAAAACUAAAAAUCUAUGCGUGUAUAUAUGUCUAUGCGUGGGUGGGUCAGCAUGAGAGCAGAAUGAUUAGAGCUGUUUAGACAUUUCCUGCAUGGUUAAAAAUAUUUCCUACUGUAUUGAAACUCAAUGCCAGUACAACUUUCCCCGGUUAAAAGGGAGAAAAAGAGGUGUGUGUGUGUGUGUGUGUGUGUUGGUGUGUGCGUGUGCAUGGCUGAGAAAAACAGAUGAACUGUGAAAGGGAAGGCAGUAGAAAAAAACACAUGCAGACAGAGAGAUGGAGACAGACACAAACACAGAUGAUGUUGCCAGAAAAUACACAAAGGGAACCAAAGUGAGAGGCACAACUAAAACGUGUGCUAUUAGGACAAAUAAGGCUAUGACAGUAAGACUGUAGCAGUAAAUACAGAAAGAAGUGAGGGAAAAUGGUUGGAGUGGGCAGAGAAAAGGAAAGCGGAGAAAAUAAAGGAGAAAUGUAAAGGAAAAGUGGAGCGGGAAGAAGCUUAAAGUAUUUCCCCAGGGAAACUGAAAAUGUGAAGUAGCAGAGAUGAGGGAGAGGAGGUCAUUCAGGGUCUGUGGAAAUGGUUAAAGGUUGCAUUGGACAAUUAAGAUUUAUGAGUCAGACAGAUGUUUACAAAUUAAAACAGUGGGGGUAAAGUCACGCAUGUUUCUGCACAUGUACUACAUGCAUAUCUUAGCUGUUCUUCAGUCAGUAAACUCUGGUCUUGACUAAA